AUGUUGCCCCUCGAAGGUCGCAGCCAGUCAAUCUUCAUCGUUACUACUAUCUUUCUUGGAAUUUCCUUUAUUGCCGUGUGUCUACGAUGCUUCGUGCGGCUCCGACUUGUCAAGGCCUUUGGCUGGGAUGAUACCUUUAUGGUAUGCGCAAUGUUAAUGAACAUCCUGUUCGCUCUAUGCGGUAUCACUGGCGCAUUGUAUGGAAUCGGACAAAAACUCGAUACACUCAUUGAGAGGGGUACGAUGGAAACGGCUAUGUUUUGGUGGUGGCUCGGCCAAACUAGCUAUGUCUGGACCUGCGCGCUGGCCAAGCUCUCCAUCGCAUCCGCCCUCCUCCGGUUGACGGUUUCCAAGGCCCAUAAACUCGUAUUAUGGGCUGUCAUUGGCGUCACCUGUACUGUCGGUCUUGUCUUCUGGUUCAUGUUGACACUGCAAUGCCAACCGGUUGAAUUCUUCUGGCAACGAGUUCGCGUCUAUACGAACCCUAAAGUUGUGAUUACCGGUACCUGCAUGGAGCUCGACAAUAUCAUUGCCAUAGCCUAUGUCUACAGUAUCACUGCUACACUCUGUGAUCUCACCCUGGGUCUUUUACCUAUUGCCCUAGUGUGGAACUUGCAAAUGAACCUAAGGACCAAGUCUGCCUUGGCAGGCAUUCUAGGAAUGGGAUGCAUUGCAAGCGCAGCAGUCAUUAUUCGCAUUCCCUUCUUGCACGAUUACAAGGACGUCGACUUCCUAUACGCAACCGCCAACAUCUCAAUCUGGUCCAAUGUCGAAGCCGGCCUCGGAAUCGCCGCAGGCAGUCUAGUCACCCUCCGACCCUUAUUCCGCUGGUUCCGCGACCCCAGCUCGAUGGGCGGAAGCAAGAGCAAAACAAAACGCACCGGCGGCAGCAUGCCGCUCUCAAGUGUGAACGGAGUACGCUCCAGCACGUCCAACCCACAAUACUGGCGACCCGACCUAGACCGGGAAGACCAGCCUACGGUGAUUACGACGAUCCAUACCUCGAAUGGAUCUGACGCUAGCCGGACGAGUAGCCAAGAAGAUCUGAAUCCGACAAAUGGCGGCACAUUCUUCCAGGGGGUGAAUGUGCAAAAAACGUUUUAUGUUUCGGAGGAUCAGACAUCGUAA